AUGCCAAACACAGACCCUACAGGGGCACCUCUCAAGUCUGCUCUCCACUGUCUGGCGUUCCGAGCUCUUCGCGCUGCCGGCCUUGCUGUUGGCCUUGGUUUCACAGCCCUCGCCGCCUACAAUCGCAACCAGGAGGAGAUGGACUCCCACGCCACGAGAGGUGGACACCUGGAUGCUUCGGGUGGCCGGGAAGUGGUCUACUGCCAUGCCUGCUCGCACGAGUGGUGGCAAGAUGAGCAUGGCCUGCCGUGCCCUCGCUGCGACAGCGAGAUCACAGAGAUUGUUUCCCCGGAGAACGAUCCCAGAGAAAUUGAAGACGGUCCCCCGCUCCACGACUCCCCGGGCCAUCCACGCAACAUAUACGACGACGAUUCAGACCCCGAAGAGGCCGACAUAGAGGAGCAUUUGCACCGCGGUCCAGGCGGGUUCGUGAUACACCGAACAAUAUGGGACAAUUCUCAGCGCCCGGGACAGAGUCCAAACCCAAACACUCGCCAACCGGCCGAUGCGAACGACGGCGACCAAAUUAUCCGACGCUUCAUCGACAUGGUGAAUGGCUUUGGCCCGGACAUGCCACCGCGACCUCCCCACGAGACCCGACCCCCUGGCUUCGGCGGUGGAGACAUCUUUGGCGGUCAGGGCAAUGUUCGCAGAUUCCAGAGAACAGGCCCUGGAGGCACCACGAGCUUCACAAUCGCCACCGGACCUAUCCAUAUUCACCAAGGAGGAGCCAACUCGCCCGUUGGACCUGGAAGCGACCCCUUCCAGUCUAUCUUCAGCAGCGUCCUGGCUGGAGCGGGCCCACCUCAACCGGCCGGUAUGGGCGCGAGUCCGGGACAACGCGCAGCUGGCGGAGCGCCUACACUUCUCCAUGAGAUUCUCAACAUGCUUAACCCAGCAAACGCCUCACAUGGUGAUGCCGUGUACACCCAAGAGGCUCUGGAUCGGAUCAUUUCCCAGUUGAUGGAGCAGAACCCGUCGUCGAACGCAGCGCCCCCGGCAACUGAAGAUGCGCUCAGCAAGCUCCAGCGCAAAAAGGUGGAUAAGGAGAUGCUUGGCCCCGAGGGCAAGACUGAGUGCACAAUCUGCAUCGACGAUUUUAACGAGGGUGAUGAUGCCACAGUGCUGCCCUGUAAGCAUUGGUUCCACGACCAGUGCGUCGUCAUGUGGUUGAAGGAGCACAAUACUUGCCCGAUAUGUCGCACGCCGAUCGAAGAGCCCAGCAGCAGCAGCAACAACAAUAAUGCCAAUGCGGGUGGCUCAAACAGCGGCGGAAACAACAACAAUAACAACCCCUCACAACGCGGCCUGGGAGGAGCACCUGGCUCAUCAGACAGCUCUCAAGACCCGUUUGGCUGGGGUGGUGCCCCACCGGGAAUGCCGAGACAUUGGGGAGGCACAAUGAGAAUGUCACCUCGGUCGGCGUUCUUCGACGCGACUCCUCCGGUGCCCGCCGACUCCACGAGACCUCCGAGAACACCGGGGUCUGAAUCCUACGGUGGCUACGGGGCCUCCACCACAGGCCGCGACGACCUGCACCGUCCUCAGGAGACAAGCCGAAUACCCAGCUUCCGAUCGGCGAGGCGGGACUCGCAUUCGCCUCCAAGCCUUCGCCGGCACCAGUCUGAUUCUUUCCGAGCUAGGCAGCGGAGUCCUUCGUCUGGUAACUGGGAUAGAAGCCAGGACAGUAACCAGGACGCCGGAUCUAAUCAUGGUCCGCUUAAUUGGCUGAGAAACCAGUUUUCUAGAGGAUCGGGCUCGGGGGACAGCAGCCAGCGCGAGAGACGGAGACAGUAA